CGCGGCGCGGGCAAAAGCCGCGGGGCAAAGCGUCGGUGUUUUCCACGAGCCGGUCUGGCAAGUAACCUUGAUCCUUUCGCGAGUCGUCGUACGUGACAGCCGUCGUUCGGGUGGACCGUUUUAGUGUCGAUCGAGGCAUCGUCGAGGUAGCAGGCCGGUCCCUGACAGUUUCUCGAGUUCGCCGACGUUCCCUGUGUGGUGCGACAGGAUGAAAACGUUCGUCCACGUUCUUCUCGUUGCGGCGUGCCUCGUCGCGUGCGCACGCGGCCUCCCAAGAGGAAUAGGAGGAUUUGAUUCGUCUGAGGAGGAUGAUACCAACAUAGGCUUCGGCUUCGGUCUGUCGGAUUACUUUUCUGACUAUAUCAACAGCAUUAGGCAACGUCUACAUAAUAUGUUCUUGAACCCGCUUGACUUCAAGAUUCCUGAGGGGGCGAACACAACUUCCACAACUAAGGUAAUUAAUGGCCACGUGGUGACGGUGAACGAGACGACAUACUCGUCCGGCGACGAGCUCGGCGGCACCGCAUUCCGCAUUCGCAUAAUCGACAUAAAGCCGCAGAACGAAACGGUCGACGUUGACAGUGUUGGGGGCAACGCACAGCCGACGGCGAGGCCCGAGGUGGCGGGGAGCGCCGAGACGGUCGAGGACUUCAACAACGAGAUAUCGAAAAACGUGGACACGCUGACCGCCUAGGAGGCGAUCGGCGGUGUCCGGGUGGGACCUCGGGCGGGAGGAGGAGCGACCUUUUAUUUACGUGGCUGUAGUAGAAUAAUUUCGGUGCCGCACCGAGUGUGCAUCGAGAGAUAAAUAUUACUAUAAUAUAUACGUAUACAUAUAUAAAGUUGUCUUUGGCAGCGUUGUCUCCUAUAGCUUCUCGAUACGUACUCGUAGUUUACGACGUUUACCCGCUGGGGAAGGAAGAUUGUGCCGCUGCUAAAAAGGGGAUAUUUAGAAAUACGUGGUAAUGCACGAGUUCCCAGGAGAGGAGCUAAUUGGUUUCAAUUAAUUGCGAUAAUUUGUAUAAUUUUAAUUAAUUGAUUAAAAGCUUUUAAAUGAUUCCGAAUCAAAUUAAAAUUCUCGGUUAAACGUGGAAUUGAAAUAAACGAGAUGUAGAGCUCGACGCGCGCGUUCGCGUUUCUUUCGACUGGACAUUUUCGUAUUUCGAAACGGUUUCGCGAAAUACGCCUGAAAGACGUUCACCAACGACGAAUAUAAAAGCUUACCGCGUGACUUCUUAUGUCUUCCACAAAUUAAUUACUUUGACCCUUUUCAAUUUAUAAUAUCCGUACGUGCGAUUUAUAUAUCCGUGUGCUCGACUUUUCGCAAUGGCGUUGAAGAUUUUUAUAUAUUUUAUAAAUUAGCAGAAACGAAUGUGUGAUAACUAAUUCAUGGUAUUAGUAAUCGAUAUAUAUUUCCUAUAUAUAAUUCUCGUAUAUCUCGUUCUACCUUACAUGAAUGCCGAGCGAAACAGGUGAAAGCACCGACACUCGAAGCCGACAUGCUUCGUGUAUCAGUCACAUAUCAUGCUGGUCUACUGGCUAACAGUUAUAUUUAUAUAGAUAUAUAUAGAUAUAUACAGAUAUAUAUAUAUCUAUACACAUACACACACAUAUAUACAAGACCGUUUUGUAAUAACUAAUUACACCACUCCAUCGUCCGCCAAGCGGAAUAUUUGCGCCAGUCCAGUUUGUCACGUUUUAUGCGACCAAAUAUGAAUAUGAAGUAAUUAUAACUACUAUCACAUUAUCAUAUUAUGUUGUACGUUUAUGGAACGGCGGGUUUUUUUAUCCUGCGAAUGAUUGCAUAAAACUGAUAUUUAAUGUAUGUUCACUUCCUGCAUAUAUACACCAGAUAACCUACAUUCCUUUCUAGCUUCCUUGACAAAAGUGUCUUCAGCGUCGAAAAACGCAGGUAUCGAGUAAGGGGAAAUUAUGGAACGUGUCCACGCGAGUAAACGUCCGUAAACGAUUUAUAGAGGAGAAAUGGUUGAUAGAAAAGUCUACCGUGGGACGUCGAUUUUUUAUAAUUUUAUAAAAGGAAAAAUGUACGUUCCUGUAGCGCUGUCCUCGCGUAGUUUUACGUACGUGCAAAUGUAUUUCCUACAGAUUAAGCAAGUUGUGCUGUAAACUGAAAUGUUGAGAAAAGUUGGUACAAUAAAAUAAUAAUAAUAAUACAUUA